AUGCCUCCCAUAAAGCAAUCGAACAAUCCAGAACAAAAUUUAACACAAGCAAGUCCCACCGGUGCAUCAACGGCCUAUGAAACUAAUUUGACCCAUUGGCGGGACGACCAUGGGGGCAGAAAUAUUGGCAAAUUCAGCGGUUUUCGAGGUGCCAUGGGCUUGGCGCGACGUCUCCGACGUAUGGUAAUGGCUGAGCAUUUAGGCGUCCUAGAGUUUUUACGGAGUAAAAGUAAAAUUCCAUCUUCAAAAUCGAAUGAUUCGAUUAGGUCUACAAAACCAGGAUACGACCGGUCGGAAUGCAAUCAGGCCCAAUAUCGGCAGAAGCAAGGGGCAAUUCAAUUCCAUCCACCAACUACACGAUCAUUCAUGACUGCAGUGGAAGAUGCUGCCAAACAAGUGGAUAAUAUAAAUGAGGAAGAGAAGCAUAAUGGCAAAGAAGUGCAUGAUCAAAAUAAGGCGUUUCAUCCCGAUUGGGAUCUGCAUCUUCUUGAUGACCCCGUCUGUGAUGCAUUUUUUCACGGUGUCUGGAAUCGAAUCGCUGAUAAUAAUGACAGAAUUUUUGACCAGGUAUUUAAUACUAUUCCAUCUAAUCGACUUCUUUCUUUUCGGGAGUGUGAAGUUCGAAGGCGCGAGCUCCCUUUGCACGUCACCUCACCAAGCAAAGCUAUAGAGCUUUUGGCGGAGGUUGCUGGCCACCUCGUCAGAUACCCCGAACGAUUUCUUGCAUCUGAGAGCCUGGAACCUCCAAUUGCUACAUUAGAAACAAUUUCUCCUAUUUACUUAUGGACGUAA